ACCACCAACGAACAUUGUCGUCAUGAGGUGAAAGAUCGCCAUUGAAGCCAGUCGCAUGGGUCAACAAAGCUGCGAUCACAACACAACCUGCUUUUUGAUGACUUGAAAAACAACAAGAACAUCUCUGACCUCACGAUGUUGUGGAUUAAAAAGCGAUACAAGGAGGCCUAUCUCUACCUCGGGGUUCUGCUGAUUCUAUUUCUCGUGACGUGUUUUCUUAUCCACCCGGACACCAUGCAAAUACUCUCAAAGUCGCGCUCGUCUCGACUGGACUACGGCGCAAACUCACAGAGAGCUCCACACAACCAGUGGAGACCCGUACGCAUGUUGAGAGACAUUCGCAGCACCACGGCGCGACCGCUCACCGACACCGACAAGCUUCACAGGAUCGCCGACCUGCUCGGCUACGACCUGACGGGGAACAAGAAGAGGGACGACCUGGAGUCGAGAAAGAUGAUCAACGAUAUCCUAAACUUGAUCGACGAUCACCAAAGACAGGGGAAAGACGCGAGGGACACUGUGGACAUGAUCUACUCAGUGGUGAGAAGUGCACAGGAGGAGAAAAACGGAGACGCCCUGGGAGAAGUCAUGAACGACAUGAAUGUCUUAGAAAACCUCCUGCCCAAGAGACUGGAAAAAGUGAAGAUAGGAACUUAUCCAUUCACCAGAGACGCCAGGCGUUUGCCCUCGGAAUGUCCGACCGGGUUCCACAACAGAGCCGAGCAAGCUGAUUGGUUCAGGGAGAGGUACGUUGAUGACGUCAAGAUGUUGAUGGAUUUGAGUGACGUCGAACCGAGGAACUUCUUGGACCUACAGUUCUACUCACUACCGUUCGGGUACAAAAGAGAGAAUAAAACACUCGUUGACAGCAUAUUCCAUAAUAUGGACCACAUUGGCGUCUACCGCGGAGUGAGAAAGCAGUGCCUGAGGUGUGCUGUGGUCGGAUGCGGAGGGAUAUUAAAGGGUUCCCGAAGAGGUGGUGAGAUCAACGCGCAUGACUUAGUAUUUAGAGUAAACCAUGCCAGGAUCGACCAGCAGUACGCAGAGGACGUUGGGAACAAGACCGACUUCUACGUCUUCUUCCCAGAGUCCGAAGACGUGCGGCGAGUGGCUCACCAGGACCCCAUUUAUUUGUACGUGCCAUUCAAGACGUACGACCUGCAGUACAUCGAAGGGAAAAUCGUCCGAGAUGUCAUCCCGAAAAUGUGUUCUAACAAGACAGGAAAGUGCUGGAAACUGCGGAACCCACCGAACGUGACGUCGCACAACCUGCGGAUCGUGCACCCGGACUUCAUGCGCUACGUCUUCGUCAACUUUCUAAACGGGACGGCGUACCGCCCGACCACCGGCGCGCUCACGGUCUUCCUCGCCGUGCACAUGUGCGACGAGGUCGACCUGUACGGCUUCGGCUUCGACAGGAGGUUCUCUCUGCACUACUACGACGACAAGUUCAAAAACUUCACGGAGUGGAGAACCGGCGCGCACGACAUCGACAACGAGAGAUAUCUCUGGCAGAGACUGGACGAACAGAGGAUCAUAACAUGGUUCAAAAGAUAGCAGCGCUGGUUUUGGAACAUCCUAGGCUCCAAGCAGAUGCUGGGUUGGACGAUUCGGGCUUCUCUGACAACUAUGUCAUCAUUAGCCUGGUGUCCAGUCUUACGUGGUAGGGGCGGGUUUUAAAUUUUCUCGGGGCUGCAGGAGCUCUUCCCCGCCCGCCUCAGCUAGGUUUUCCGGUGGGUAUUUCA